AUCACCCGAAACUAAGGUGUCAAAGUCUGCGUUCACUUCAGCAUGUAGUGAAAACCUGUAACCGCGUCUCAUGGAGUUCUUACAGAUGAUGAAAAGUAUGAUGAAAGUCAUGCUUGUUAUUUUGCUGUUACAAGGUUCCUCCGCUCAAACCCUCAGGGAGCGCAGCGCCUUGGUGGGAACAGAUGUGACUCUCGGCUGCGUCUUUGAUAAACUAUCCAAGCAGGUGGAGUGGAGCGCUCUCACUGUGGAGUGGUACAUGGUGGAUAAACAAUCAGGGAAGAGAACUGUGUACACUUUUGUAGAUGGUAGAGCGCACAUAAACAGAGCCGGCUCCGUGGUGGAUGAAAUGCAGUUGCUGCAAAGUGAUGCAUCCCUGAAGCUUUGCAAUGUGACUGUGGGAGAUGAAGGGCUGUACACAUGCAGAACCAUCACACCCAGAGUCUACACUGAGACUGUUUCACUCAAAGUGCAAGCUCGGCCUUCAGUGUCACUACCAGAAGAUGCAGCAGUAACAGAGGGGCAGGAGAAGACGAUACAGUGUAACAUCACAGGUUACUAUCCAGACAAAUUGGCUCUGACGUGGCACAUCCAAAACGGCUCCGACACCGUCCCUGCAGCUGCAAGCCCACUCUUUGGUGUCUGCACUAACAUGGCCGUUCACAAUCCAGAUGGCACCUUCAGUAUUCGCAGUGGCAUCACUCUGCACUCCUCAGCAGUGACGGGUGGAGAGAUGCAUCUCAUCUGCAGGGUGGAGCACCAGACCUACACUCUGCCUUACAACAGAUCUGUGACACUGACUGUUCAGGCUCCAUCUCUGCCCCCUCACAUUGUUGGUACACUUCUAUUCCUCGGCAGUUGUCUGAUUUUUUCCAUGGUCGCUGCUCUCAUAGGAAUCUCUGUGUCUGUCCUCAGGCGGCUCCAUAAAGCUCCACCGAGUGUUUCUCAAAUCACACCCAACAUCAUCUACGCUGACGUGUCAACACAGCUUCAAUGCACCAUCCGAGGAGAGAGAAAGCAGAAGCUCCGAGUGAAAUGGAUCCGAUUGAGAAGAAUCAUAGAGUCUGAUGUCCCGUCAGAAUCUGCUCCUCUGUUAGUCAGGGAGGACGAUAUGAGCCACAAAGCUUCUCUCAAGUCACACGGAGAUGAACACAUAUCUGUCCUGCCUGUGUGUCUGAGUGUCACUGAGGACAAGACCAGAUACCUGUGUGUGGUACAAAGUAGGGACAAGACUGUCAGCAGAGAGACUACGGUCCAGGUGAAAGUGGAGCCUUCCCUCCUCAGGAUCUCCAGCAUCCCUCAGAUCCCCAAGGUGGAGAAGCUGCUGGUUCUCUGCUGUCGGGUGGAGAACUUCUACCCCCCUGACGUGGACCUGGUGUGGUUCAGGAGCGAUGGAGAGCAGGUCUCCACCAUCAAACAUUUUGGACCUUUCUCUGCCCAAAAUAAUCUCUACAGCAUGUGGAGUAAGAUCGAGCUGCUGAUGGCCAGAGAGGAUGAGAGUGUGAGCUACACCUGCAGAGUUUACCACACCAGCUUUGCUGAUCAAGGCUUCAGAGAUGUCCUAUACCACAUCAACACUCAAGGAGCUGCUCCUAAUCUGAGGUUCAUUAAGUGUGAACCAACAGCCCCCCUCUUAAACACAGAGUGUACUCUGCACCUCUGCAUUGAAGACUUCUGUCCAGAGGAUGCGACAGUGACUUGGACUAAAAAUGGAGAGGAGGUUCCUUCAGGUGUCUUCAACACUCCCCCAAGCCUGAACUUCAAUGGCCUCUACUCCAUGUUUUCCUUCCUCAAAUUCACCUGCGCUGAGGACGACAUAGAUGCUGAGUUCAAGUGUGAGGUGGUCCACAGUGCUCAGAAGGAACCAGGAGAGGAGAGGCCCUUCACGCUGCCAGUCCUGCAGAUGUCAAACAGCUGCUGAGGUUCACGUUGUGUAGACUGUUGUGUACACAUGCAUAGAAGUUUGGUUUGUGUUCAUGUUGUUAUGAUGAUCCAACCAACAUUAGCAUCUAACUUUGGUCAUUUCUUUGGUCUCUCUCAGGCUAGAUAUGAUGCUUUAGAAAACACUCAUCUUCUAUGUUUUUAUACCAGUAAGAAGUUAGAUCAUGUGACAUCAUCUGACAAGAGUGAGACUGAAAAUAAGAGACCCUUUGACGAUGUUUGAGAUCACACUGUUAGAUUUGAACAGUAGUAUUUGUCUGUUACUGGGCUGAGUAAGGCUGGAUAUAUGCUCACUUUAACGUCAUAGUUGUGUGUGUAUGAUGGCUGCCCUGUGUUCUCUGCAUCUGUUUGGAGCGUCUGUGCCUGUCUUCAAAAAUUACCACUAAGUGCUUGCAGAAUGCAGUAUGCACAUGAACAGUAGGGGCAUUAUCGAAAAGGAUGGGAUGUGACAGGGUCAACACAGCAGCUGGGAACACAAUGGCAGACAGAUUUGAAGGCAAGCUGAUAGACCAAGUCUAAAAAUAUCCACAUGUGACAGUGUGUCACUGCCAGUGCAGACAAAUAUACCAUUCGGAACAGUGGCUGAAGUUAAGUUCUAUUUUAAAGAUCAACCUUCAAAACUAAAUGGAAACAAGUUCGGGAUCAUUACGUCUGUGCAAAGUGGAAAAUGUGGGAGAAACAGAGUGGAGCUGCUGCAGACCGUCUGAGUGCUCCUGUGCGCCCUCUUGAGGUAUCCUCCAGUAACAUGUUUAGAGCACAGUAAAGUAUGUGAACAGUUAUGUUCAUGAGCAGCCUGCUGUGGAUGUGAUGUUAAAAAGCAAACAUAUCUUCAGCAUAAGACCACAGAUGCUGCUGCUGAUAUUUUCUAAAGUCUGUGUUCUGCUCUGGGCUGUUUAAUUUCACACCCUCAGAGUUUAUCAGAACAAUGCAAGAGGUCUAAAAGGUUCAGCUCACUCGCUAGUGAGUGCUGAUAAUUGUAGGUGAUGUGCUGCAGUGCAGAGGCUUUUCAGGAGUGUUUCAGAAGAGUUUAGAAGCAUACCCAAAUUUAUUUCUGUCAUGUUUAAGAGACAUUAAGAAGUGACUGUUUUUUCCAAGUGUGUUUUUACAGAGCUCCAGUAUGGCCAAUAGUGAGUUGCAUAGGGCAGCUGAGAAAAGCAGGCAGGUAGACACAAGGUAUGGUUGAUAUAAAAAAACUUUCAAAAUAAAACAUUCUGGGGUUCUGGUUUUGGUUCUGAGAGAGUGCCCGAUGUGCAGAUGCUGUGGUCCUUGGUCGCACUUAUCAUAGGAUUGAUUCCGGUCCUUGACAUGAAUUAGUGCAUGUCUUUCCCUCUUUAUCUCAAUGUUUCCUGCUUCUCUCAAACUGCCCUAUCAGACUUAAUCGUAACUUAACUCACUUAAUAAAUAUCUAAAGAAAACA